AAUGGCAAUCAGCAUAAGUGUACAAUGGACAAAGUCAAAAUCCCUUGUGUAAUACAUGAGAUAGAGCGUGAACAAAGGUGUCUAUUUCAUGUUCCUUUCAUGCUAUAAUUGCUUUUGUUCUCCAUAUCAUAUGAAGAGAAUAAACAGUUGUAUGAGGGGCCAAAAUGUAGGAUUGGUUAAGAUGAUAUAUACAACUCUAGUCCCUUAACUAGAGGUCUCAGGUUCAAUCGGGUCGAGUUGAGUCGAAUUAGCCAGUUUCCUGGUAAACAGUUGAUAUGAUUUGUUGUUUGUUAUAGGGAGAAAAAUUAACAGUUGUAUGAGUGGUCCUACUCAUAUAUAUCAACAAACAAGGCCUUAUCCAUCAUCCUCUCUUCAUUCCUUAGCUUCAACUGAUUCAAGAAAAUCUCACAUCCAAAUCAAGAGGGCCAACAUAGAAAAAAAAAAUCAACUUGAUAUUUUUUAUGAUAUAUACUUUUUGUAAUGCAGCAUAACAUGCUUAUGACAGCUACAAAAGCAAAAGAUUGUACUACUUCUACAUUACUUGAGCUUUUCACUGAGAUGAAGAAUCAAACCAACACAGAUUCCAUCAAUUUUCCACCACCAAGAUCUCCAUCAUCCCAAUUCUCCUCUGAAUGCUGGUUUGAUGAUGCAUGCAUCCUUGACAUGGACUACUUUGUCAAGACCCUUUCCGGAAUCAAAGCGAAAGGCGUCCGGGCCGACUUGAUUGGUUCCAUAAUCACACAUUACGCCUCCAAAUGGCUACCUGACCUCUCUGCAGGUGACUUGGCCGAAAAAGGCCUUACGCAAUUCGAGGAAUCACCAGAGAGCGUCACAGCUUCUUGGAUGAAGAAGAGGUUCUUUGUGGAAACAUUGGUGGGAGUUCUGCCUCCUGAGAAGGAUGCAAUCCCCUGCAACUUCCUCCUUCGCCUUCUCCGAACGGCGAACAUGGUUGGUGUUGAGGCUAGUUAUAGACACGAGCUUGAGAGGCGGAUUUCAUGGCAGCUUGACCAAGCUUCAUUGAGAGAGCUUGUGAUUCCAUCAUUCAGCCACACUUGUGGAACUCUUUUGGAUGUUGAGCUUGUUAUUAGGCUUGUUAAGAGGUUUGUGGGUUUGGAUAGUGAGGGAGCCAAGAGUGGUGCUGCUCUUGUUAAGGUGGCCAAGUUGGUUGACUGCUACCUCGCCGAGGCUGCUGUCGAUGCGAAUUUGAGCUUGUCCGAGUUUGUCACUCUUGCAGGAGCUCUUCCAAGCCAUGCUAGAGCAACAGAUGAUGGAUUGUACAGAGCCAUUGACACUUAUCUAAAAGCACAUCCAAGUGUGUCCAAGGAAGAUAGGAAGGGUUUGUGUAGGCUUAUUGAUAGCCGGAAACUCACGCCGGAGGCGUCGCUUCACGCAGCUCAAAAUGAAAGGUUCCCUGUGAGAGCUGUGAUUCAGGUGCUCCUGUCCGAGCAAACUAAAUUGAACCGGAAUCUAGAUUGGAGUGGCUCCUUGAUCAGCAGCACUAGGAGCCCGAAUGGCGUGCUAGACGCAUGUCUUUCGAAGCGCGAGAUGAAUGCUCAACACAUGGAGAUAAGGAAGCUCAAGGAAGAGCUGUAUAGGGUGCAAAGCCAGUGCAAUGCAAUGCAGGUACAAAUGGAGAGGAUGGUUGAAAAGAAGAAAGGGUUCUUCAAGUGGAUGAGAUUUGGAGUGAUGCCUAAUGCAUUUGGAAGCAAAGGGUUUGGAGGAGUGGAGAAAAUUGAUGAAGUUGUUGAAGGAGAAGUUGGAUUUGGAAGACAAACACCAAUGGACAUGAAAACCAAGUUGGUCAAAGGUAGGACUCCUCACAAGUGGAGGAAAUCCUUGUCUUGAGACAACACUUUCCAUGGUUUGUGGAAGAAAUUCUUAGAUGGUUAUGGAUUAAGAAUUUUUUUUAGAAAAAAUAUAUAAUAUAGAAUGAAUGAUUUAGAAUAAAGGAUAUUAUGUUCUAAUAUAGUAUGUAAGAAUUUCUUUUGUUUAGUUGUAUUAUUAAGCAAGUUAUAAUGUUGUGUAAGUUAAUAAUGCAAUGGCAAAUGUGUAAUUAGGUUUAUUGUUAUUAGGGUUGUGAGACAUAAAUGUAACAUAAGAUAUUGUUGUAUUUUGAAUAAACUCGAUAAAUUUGUGUGAAUACUAUGAUU